CCUUCCCUCCCCAACACAAACUUCUGGACCUUUAUUUGAACAAUUAGUUUCUUGUCAAUAACAUUGCAUGUUUUACACUAAAGAGCACACAAAUAGUAAUUAAGUGAUGUUGACACGGAGCGGAGUGGUAUAUUGGCGUUAUUGUAAAGACGGUUAGCGACAAAUACGAGAGAAAUAGUGCUACUUCGGCCUAAAAGCUAAACUAACGUUAGCAACAGCAGUUGUUUACAAUUUUUGUAGCCCUUUCUCUGACCGUUCGUUGUCGUAUUUUUAUUUUAGCAAAUAAUACAAAAGGACCUCUGUUUGAUGUAAGCCUUUUUUUAAAUAGUUACAGUUUUAGCAUUUUUAACGCAAGUUUCGUACCUUUUAGUAAAACACGGAUGCGCUGGAUACAAACAUGGAAGUGGCAACCAAAGGAAAGGCCAAACGCAGGCACCUGAAUGUGGCGGAGUGUAAUGAACUUGGGAGAAGUGCAGAGGGAACUGGUGCCCUCACCCGGCCCAACACAGUUAACCAGACCCAGGGAAACUGCAACCCCAAUCGAGGACUUUACCCCAGGACGCCCACCAAGCGAUGGAAGUGUGCGUCUAACUCAGGAAGUCCAUCUGGUCAACAGAAAAGCAUCAACAGCUUCUUCUCUGUGACAGGAGUCAUAAGUUCGAGCCCGCACAAAUCCCCUCAGCCCUGCUCAUCCACAUGCACAAAUGGAGUCAAUGCAGAACUCUUUCCCAAAAUAGAGGACGAUGAUGAUGAUGAUGAGGAUGAAGAUGUUAGCCUUUUAGCUGCUCCUAUGGCAGCAGAACCUGAAUUAGAGGAGUUCGAGGUGGACGAUGAAAGCCUGUUAGCUGCAGACAUGGGGCUGCAGCCUGACACAAGGCAGAAUGUGACUGUGGAUUAUUUGGAGGGAAUGACAGCAGAGAUGUUUGGGGAUGAUGAGGAUUUUGAUGCUAACAUUCACUUUAAUGAGGAUGAGGAGGAGGUGGAGGCCCUCCCUGACAAACACUUUGGACUUCUGGGAAACAACAAAGUCCUGCAGGAACCCCAGGGCUGCAUGGAAGACCUACCAGAGGAGGUGCUGAGGCAGGUACUGAGUCUUGUCUCUGCACAGGACCUGUACCGCAAUGCCAUCCAUGUCUGCCAUCGCUGGAAGAACAUUAUUGAAGAUUCCAAGUUUGUCCCCUUCAAGAAGCAAUACUUCCGCUACAUGAUGAUGGAAAAAGAGACUGUGAUGGAGAUUGUGUCUGUCCUGAAGAAAAGCAACAUAACAAAACCAGCACCACCAGAACACAGUAUACGAAACCUUGUUGUUUUAAUGGCCCAACACAAGGUUGGAGAGCGGGUCAGGCCGGAGGAUGUUCUGGAGUAUGUGAAGAAACAUCGUCUUUUUCCUCAGGCUGAGGCCUCCAUCAGACUACACAUUCCUGAUAUCAAGAAGAGCUUUAACCUUGGCAUUGAGGGUCCCAAUCCGUACGCAGCAAUGGCCAUCAUUCUGCUCCUGAGUGAGAGCGUUGGUGACGUGCAGACCUUGGUGUCUCUUCUCACCGGCUGCAUGACAUACACCGCCAUCACGGAGUACCUCAACCACAUGGCCACGAUGUUGCUGGCUUUGAGAAGAAGUGGUAUCCAGGUUAGUAACAGGCUACAUUAUAACAUCUACUACGUACUUCAUCUGAUGGAGAAUGGCCCCUUUUCUGUCAGUUCUGGUCAGAGCGGACGGCCUCAGAUGCAGCUCACAGGUGAACAGCAGCACAUCCUCAGCCACAACAUCCAGGCGGAUCAUGUGGUCAAGAUUGUUGCUUUUGCUGGUACAGGAAAGACAACCACGCUGGUAAAGUAUGCCGAGCAGCGGCCACACCUCCGCUUCCUGUAUGUGGCAUUCAACAAAUCAGUGGCCACUGAGGCACAGCGGCGCUUUCCACGGAACGUGGACUGCAAGACCGUCCACUCACUCGCCUUCAAAGAUGUCGGGAGGAUCUACCACUCUUGUCAGAAGCUGACCUUUAACCUGAAGCCCUUCGCUCUUAACUCUGCUCUACCUGAAGGCCGCGGUGGCUACAAAAAAGCCAAAGUGGUGGCACUGACUCUCAACGCCUUUAUGGCUUCAGCCGACGAGACAAUAGAUUCCAGUCAUGUUCCCCACACUUUCGUGAGCAGGAAGGGCUCCACCAAUGAAAUAAACCCUUUGGAGAUACCGUGUUUUGUGGAAGAUGCGAAGAUGAUCUGGAACAAAAUGAAGGAUCAGAAGGAAAAAAGAAAUGAGGCCUUCUACAUGACCCAUGAUGGUUACCUGAAGUUAUGGCAGCUCAAAAACCCAAAGCCACGGCUGUCUGACCAAUACGACGUCAUCUUCAUCGAUGAGGCCCAGGAUUGCACUCCUGCCAUCAUGGACGUGCUUUUGUCUCAGCGCUGUGGGAAAAUCCUGGUUGGAGAUCCUCAUCAGCAGAUCUACACCUUUAAAGGAGCCGUCAAUGCCCUGCAAAUCAUUGAGCAUACACACAUCUACUACCUGACACAGAGCUUUCGGUUUGGUGCUGAGAUUGCCUACGUGGGUGCCACCAUCCUCAAAGUUUGCAAAUCUGUGCACAAGAUUCUAGUGGGAGGAAAGCAAAAAGGUGGUGUGUGUGAUGAGACUGCUGAAAAAGCUGCAGCAGCUGUAAGACAAGGCAUCAGUCAUUGUCCAGGGCAGACGGCCAUCUUGUCAAGAUGCAACCUCACCGUGUUCAACGAAGCCGUCCGACUCACAGACGCAAACUCUCAAUGCAGGCUUCACUUCGUAGGAGGAAUCCAAAGUAUCGGCCUGAGCAGGAUCCUGGACAUCUGGCACCUGAGUGAAGGAGCCAGAGAUGACAGCCAGAGGCCGGGACAACAACCAAAAUUCAUCAGAGACCCUCUCAUUCGUGCCUUUGCUAAGAAAAAUAAAAACGGCUUCUUGGCCCUGAAGUGGUACGCCAUGCAGACAGAAGACAAGGAGCUGGAUGCCAAACUCUCUAUUGUAGAAAGACAUAGAAACCGUAUCCCUGAGCUGGUGAAGCGGCUAGAAGAGUGCCAUGAAGAUGAUUUUAACAUUGCAGACUUCAUACUGGGAACGGUCCACAAGGCUAAAGGUCUGGAGUUUGACACUGUGAUGAUCACUGACGACUUCACCAAGGUUCCCUCUUCAAGACACAACCUUCACCACUACAACAACUUCUCAUUUGAUGAUGUUGAGAAUGAUGAGUGGAACCUGCUGUAUGUUGCGGUGACUCGAGCCAGAACCUCACUGAUCAUCACGAAGAACAUCCGCCGCAUUCUCACACUGGCAGGGGAAUACUUCCUGAAGUCGGACAUGCCAGAUUCACUGAUAAAGGAAGGCCAGGCUCUCCCAUGCUGUGUCCAGAACUGUCCCAACUGCACCACACCCGGUGCAGCAUUCAUCAUGAGCAAACAAGAGAUGAAAUGUACCGACGGUGUGUCUGCAGGUGGCCCGUUGUGCGAGAGGUGCGUGUGGACCCGCAUUGGACCCAUCGCCUACCUCAUGACAGACGACGUGCACUCGAUGGCUGAAAUCCCCCAAAUGUUUGUGCGUCCACGGGACCACUUACUGAUGCUCCUGGCACUUUUCUAAUAUUUGUCUUUGCGGCCCUAAAAAGACCCCACUUGUCUUUCAGUGAAGGACAAGGACCUUGACCCCUCAUCUGAAAGGGCUAAGCAGGACAUGAAAAGUCAGAAGUAAUAAUAGAUGUUCAGUCAUCUUUAGACAAUGAGAAAAGAUGUUGGUAGUUUUAUAAUCCUGUAUAUAUUUUUAAUUAUUUUUUCCUUUUGACAUUGAAGGCAUUUAAUCCUGCAUUACCCACUUGGGGCUCUUAAAAUAGGACAGUUGUCUGCUCUGUGACUGUGAGUCGAGGGUUGAGGUUUGUGAGUGUAACUGUGUGAUGCUUCUUUGUAUUAAAAAAAAGAGUACUAAUU